GCCUGAUGCAUGAUGCUUGAUAAGGAAAGCGCCAGCGCCGGCCCAUGUUCUGUAUGAUGAGGCUGCUGCCAGUGCAUGAGCACAGAGAUAAAAUAGUGUGGCGCAAGCACUUGUUGCUAGCUAGCCACUAGGAAUGCUGUCUCUCAGAUGCACCACCCUCUCUGAUCAGCCGCACCACCAGCUUCAGUUACAGUAAGAAUGAUGAGGAAGUUAGUGGUGCACUGUGUGCAAUGAGCUGAAGUUUGGGGAGCAGCCAUAGAAGGGUCGCCAAUGCAGAUUCAGGCGGCACAAUGCAAGUUCAGGGAGAGCCCCUGACAGUCAAUUCCGGUGUUUAAUCUGAUCAAUGUGGCACCAGCAUGUUUAGCAGUGCACUCAAUGCUGUUAUCAAACUUCUGGUCAGACAAGGGAAUUCCGGUUUAAUCCAAGCAGCCAAAGGACCAGCUUUUGCCAGGGCUCCCUUGAAUGCUCCAUGUUGCUCUAUCACGAUGGACUCUGCGCUUCUAUCAAAGGGCACUGGAUACUUAGUCUGGCGUCUUCUCCGCAAGCCUGGGUGCCAAAUUAGUGAUGCCAACAGCACAUGGGCAUUGCGAGGCGUCUCUCCAUCUGGAGCUACACCAAUGAAAAACGGUGGACGUCCAAUUGGAGCUGUGAGAUCUUUUCAGACUGCAUUGCCAAGCCAGCAAGUGGCGAGCCCAGUGAAGAAGGGGGCCACGGUUCAAAAGCGGGCUGGGCCGAAUGUCGCAGUCACAAUGGAAGAGGCGCUGGCCCUACAGGGGAUCAGCCUCUUCAGGACGCCAAAGCCCAAAGAUGGGGUCACUAAGAAAGAUCAAGGAGCACGCCAAACAAAAGAGAGAGGCGGAGACUCAAAUGGAGAGGGGAAGGGAAAAGCGGUGGUGAGCGUGCCUCCAAAGGCAACAGAGGCGCUUUCAAUUGGGCAGAAGCAAGGAGCCUUGAAUGGGGUGGUUGGCAGUCUGGCGGCGGAUGUCAGCAAAGGUGUCAGGGACGGGGUGGGGAAACCUGAAAGGAGCAACGGGGCUGUGCGAGGCGCUUCUGAGAGCAGUCAGGGGUCAGGGGUUGCACUUGAGGAGUCUAGCUUGCAAAGGGAAUCGUCAAAGAGGGGAGCAAAACCUGUGGCCAAGAAGAAAGCCAGGAACGGUGCAGCGGUUGGACCAGUGGAACCGGCACAUGCGGUCGUCAAACCAGGGGAACCGAUCAAGGAGGUGCCGGCCGCAGGGGGAGCUCAAAACGAGCUGACGCUUGGAAGUUCGAUUGACGAUGCGCUGGAGUGGUGCUGCAAAGCGCUGGGCCGGGCUCCUGGGGAAGCAGAGCAACAGCUGUCGGAGCGAUUGCAAGAAAACUGGUACUCGAAAGCUAGCGACCUAGUCGGGAUGGCAGACCAAGAGGCCAGAACACUCGCCGUUCCAGUUCGUUUUCUUCUGAAGCUUAGGGAAGGACUCGCACAAAGCGCCAGUGAGGAUGGGCAGACUCUGAACGGGGUACAGAAUGAGAAGACAAACGAGAAGGAGCGAGCGACAUCUGGCGAGAGCGCCUCCACCUCUGCUCCGAGCACCGGGGCAGUGUCGACCUUAGAAACCGACUUGGGUUCUUCGAAGGUGGUUGCUGAACCGGCGGGCCUCUCUGAUUCGAUUGCCGCCGUUGCUCCCGCCGUGGAUAAUGACAUCAUGUCGCGCCGCAUGCCCCCCAUGGGCCGGCACGGCCACAGCAAUAGCUAUGACGUUAGGGUGACGAAACGGAAGGUCGAGGGGCUGACGUCAUAUCGGCUCAAGCCGGGGGAAGGCUCCCCGGAGCUCACCAAAGAGCUGGACGCGUUUCUGUACCACUGUACGAAUCGCUUCUAUGGACAGCAAAUGGCGCCCAUUGCUGACGUCACCGCCAGGAAAUACUUGGACCACAUACGAGGGGCGCUCGGUUGGCUGCACUACGAGAGGGGGAUCCCCCUGACCGACUUGCGAUUGCCUUCUCUCGUUCCGUCGCACGAGCGAGCGGGCGUGCAGGUCGGGUUUGAUUACGUCAUGUGGCUGCUGCGCGAGCGGGGCAUCACCCGGCAGACGGAGGGGCUCGUCGCGCGGAGCCUGAUGCGGCUCGCGAUGUUUUUGUUCCACGCGGAGUCGAAGGCCCAGCCAUCGGAGGGCGAGAAAGCUUACGGCGACCUAAUGGUCGUGCGCGAGUACCGCAAGCUGGCCAACGAGUCACGGCGCGAGGCAAAGAUCGCGCCGCGCUCGUCCGACGAGACGCUCAAGUGGCUCAGCUGGCCCGAGUAUCUGGCCGUUGUGCAGGAGCUGAAGCUCGAGUGCGCCGGCCGCGACCCCAACGGGCGGCUGCGCCCGCCGUCCGCCGUCGCGUGGUCCCUGCAGCGGUACCUGAUCUUCGCCAUCCUGUCGUGCAUCCCGGACCGCCAGCGGACGCUCCGGGAGCUGCAGGUCGGCCGGACGCUCUUCAAGGAAGGGGACCGGUGGGUCAUCCGGCACGGUCCGGACGACUACAAAACCGGGCGCGCAUAUGGCGUCCGGCCCGCGCUGGCCGUCUCCUCGGAGCUUUACCCCGAGCUGGAAGCGUUCAUGGACACGUGGCGGGCCCACCUGAACCCGCAGCACGAGUUCCUGUUCUCGACCAAGAACGGGAAGCCGCUCAAGGAGACAGACGUGUACAAACUGUUCUACACGACGGCAUACCGGAUCACCGGGAAGAAAACUAAUCCGCACCUAGUUCGCGACUCUGUGGUGACGCACCUGCGCGGCACGGGUGCGUCCGAGCGCGAGCUCGAGGCGCUCGCCAUCUACAUGGGUCACAGCGUCGAGAUGCAGCGGUCCACGUAUGACAGGCGGACUAUGGCAGAGAAAGUCGGCCCCGCCAUCGAGCUUCUCAACAAUUUGAACCAGGAGGCAUUAGGGAAGCGGCUCCAGAGAUCAGAGCAGUGAGGGGAAACCGGAAAGACGGCCAACCCUGGCUGCGCCCGACGAGGGAUGGGUUAGACGCAAGAGGCGGAGGCUGCUGCGAGGAGAGCCAAUCUGUCGGGAUCAAGACAAGUCUGCCGCGAAAAGGAGUAUGAAAGGCAGACCAAUUUUGACCGUUGUGGCAAAAAUCAGAGGUGACUUGCCUUUUAUCUGAGGAAGGUGCGAGAACGUUAGUCAAUUGCUGCACGCAAACAGACGGGCAAAAAUCCGUUCUAGAUUGUCAGGCUACAGGAUAUAAUGUUGGCGGAGAAUUUGCGGGCUGGGUAGCUUGAAGACGUCAAGAGGACCGGGUGUUCUUGUGCCUGCUUUCUGAGUCAUGGCGCUCGUGCUGACACAUGAGGUGCGCAAGCAAAUUGU